CCCCCCCCCACACACAAAAAGGACUCCCGCCGAGUCUGAAAAUAAUGCCAGUGGAACCUCUCUUCCCCCCUACAGUGUGUCGCAAGUGAGGAAAGAGGAACAAAAUGACCGAUAGGAAUUCUCGCAGGAUCGCUGACCUCGUGAAACUCUCGGGGAACAGCGAGUGUGCAGACUGCGGCUAUCAACCUCCAGAAUGGGCGUCAUACAAUAUUGGAGUUUUCCUGUGCACAACGUGUGCUGCGUGGCACAGACGACUAGGGUCACAUAUAUCCAAGGUCAAGUCCCUCACUUUAGACAAAUGGGAUGAUGAACAAGUGGAGAUGAUGGAGACAAUAGGGAAUGUAUCAGCCAAAGAAAAAUACGAGCAGCACGUGCCGGCCUGCUACAGAAUACCCCGCGCUGGAGAUCCAUCGGUAUUGCUAGAACAAUGGAUACGUGCCAAAUACGAGCGUCAGGAAUUUAUAGAGGUUGAUAAACAGACAUACAUUAGAAGCUAUCUGGAAGGGACGUUAAUGAAGAGAGCAAGAGAUGAAAAUAAAUAUUUCCCACGAAAAUUUGUCCUUGCAGAUAAUACAUUAAAGUAUUUUAGUAAAGAGAAUGCAAAGGAACCUAAAGCAACCAUAAACCUCUCGGAGCUGAAUGUCUGUUUGGCCCCAAGUAAAAUGAACCAAGAAAAUGGUCUUCAGCUAUCCUACAUGUGUGAAGGGUCCACGAGACACAUCUAUGUUUACCAUGAAAGCGGGGAAACCAUUAUACACUGGUACACAGCUAUUAGGUCCAUAAAACUAAAUUGGCUGAUGGUGGCCUAUCCUAGUGCCAGUGCAGAAGAGUUGGUGCCGUACUUAACAACAGACUUUGUUAUUGAGGGAUGGCUGUCUAAAACAGGUCCAAGUGAAAGGGACGCCUACAGAAAAAGGUGGUUUAUCCUGGACGACCGCAAGUUGAUGUACCACGAAGGGCCAAUGGAUGCCUAUCCCCGAGGAGAGAUCUUCCUGGGCCACAAGGAUGACAACUACAGUAUUAAAGAAGGUGCUCCAAGGGGCUGUAAGGACCAAGAUUUCUCCUUUUCCCUGACCACCCCUGAACGGACCUACGUUAUGUCAGCGCCAACGUCAGAUGAGAGAGCGAGAUGGAUACAGGCAAUAAACACGGUCCUUGAACGAGUGCUUAGACCUCAAGACAACCAGAUGGCAGUCAACUUGGUGCGCAAAAGAGCUGGAAAAUUUAGCCUAGACAUCUUCAGUUUAGGCUGAGAAGGGAGCAGACGUCCAUUUUUGGCUUUAAGUAUACACUUCUGUUAAAGAUCAUUUGUUUCCAUUCAAGACUGAGUUUUGUCAUAUAUUAGUUAUCCAAGACUUGAGAUCUGAAGAGAAUGGAGAGGCAUAAGCAUGUUGUUUGUAACAGAAUGUUUGCCUAUGAUUUGAGGUACAGCUAAAGAUUUUCAUAGCUAUUUUUCCAUUAUUUAUUGGCUGAAUUUCUACUUUGUGAAAUGCUUAAGGGAUAGCUAGUAUGAAAGGGAAAUAGCUCUCGUACUAGUAUCAACAAAAAGAUACGUGUUGACAAAAUUUUCCACUGUUGGGAAUAUCAACUGCAAUGCAAUAUCCAUAGUUUGUCUACUUGAUUUUUUUUUUUCUGAGAUGCAAGAUAGAAGGAAAAAUAUGUUAUAGUUACUUUUCCCUUCAUUCUUGCAAGGGAAUUUCCACACCUGGUUAUAUUGAGGUACAGAUUUACCUCUCUUUGGGCUCUCUCGUGUGAGCAGAAAACAGGUGGAACAAAUCCUACACUGAUUGGAAUAGAGAUUAUUGUUGGAGAAGGUGAAACUAGAGGUAAUUUUCAGCAUUUUUUAAAAAAUUAUUAUUAUUAAGUUUGAUGGAAAUGAGGUCUGUUUUGAUAAGAAAUUUGAGAGUACAAAAUGUUAUGUCUCGUUUUUUAUGAUAAGAAUUCAUCUGUGAAAUUCACAUGCUCAAAAAUAGUUUCAUUCUUAAUUUUCAAGCCCAGAUGGUUCCUUCUUUGACUUAAGUCUUACAAUGAAUCUCUUUGCUAACUGUUAAGUACAUGGAAUAGCUGUUGUUUAUCCCCUGUCUCCUUAUAUAAUGAUAACUGAUAUAAAUAAUUUGCAUUGACUCUGAAUAUAUAGGUAUGAAUGCUCACAUUUACAGUAUUUUGAGUAUAAGGUAAAUUAUUUUUAAUCAUCCUGUAAACUCUUACUGGUAGUAAUGGAGGGAGAGUUUUGCAAAGAUGUAAAAAAAAGAUCUAACAGGGCCAACUAAACUCAGAAAUGGAAGUUAAAUAUUACUUCUAACCUCUGACAAAUAUAUAGUGAUUCGGAAUUGAACUGUGAUUAGUUCAUAUGCAUUUUUGGAACUUGGAAAUUUACUUGAAAAUUCACCAUCUUGAAAUCAACAACUAAAGUAAAAAGACAUACCAAUUUAACACUAAAAUCCACGAUAUUUGCACCAGUUACUAGAUUCCUUUGAAGAUGAAAACACCAAAGAGAUCCAGUUCUUUUUGUUCAUGCUCCUGAGGAGGGCUCUAAUGUAAUGAGUAAAAAUAUCUGGCUCUGAAUGCUAUGUACAUUUUUUUUUUUCUUUUUUAACUCUAGCUGUUAUAUCUUCCUACAAAUUCUACUGUGUGUGUCUUCUACUGUGUAUGGUUUCACGAACAAAAUGAUGAAGAAGCCAUGCAUUUUUUUACCCACUUACAGAGCAGUAUGUACUAACAGCAAAUAUGUCUCUGGGAUAUAUUUUUAUGUCUCCAGAAGAAGGAAAGAAAGAUUGGAGGCUUAGAAGACGGAGGGACAGACAGUGUAAGAAUAAGACACAAGAUGCUUAGAGACAUGAAAUAGGAGAUCAGGUAGAUAUACAAGGAAGUUGGGACUUCUUGUAUAUCAGAGUAGAAGAUACAGAACCUACAAUCAAAGUAAUUUACCAGUUUUCAGUUUAUCAUAGUGUAAUAGAAAAUCUAUGGUGCCAUUUCAUUCAAGGACAUAGGACUUAAGUUUGCCUCUCGUAACUAUUAGUAUUUUACAGUAGCCAGCAAAUGUCCAGGUUAAAGUUAGUAGAAUAGUGCAGUACACAGUUAUAAAUCUGUGAUAUAUUUAUUUCAGCUACAGUAUGUAAUGCUUAGACAUAAGUGGUAUAUCAGAAUCUGAAAUCAACUGACAAUAAUGAUCAGAGAAAUACAUGGAAAGAGAAUUUGUUGUUAAGUUAUGUGUUUUGUAUGUAAAGCACUGUUAUCAGCUCUUGCUUCACUAAAAUGGCCAAUUGUAAUGUGUAAGUCUUAUGAAGUAUAAUGAAACCUGAUGGCUUUCAAGGUGGUCCCAGCAGUAAGGCAUUUUUUUUUUUACUGAAUUAAGAUUUUUGUUUCCAGUUCCAUUUUUGUAAUAUAUGUCAAAUGGUUGAUUAUGUAGAUAUUUGUUUCCUUUUUGUUUGGAGAAAAAUGUUCUUCCAGUAAUGUUCACAUGUUUGCAAUAAUUUGGGGUUGAACCAGCUGUGGAUGGUAGCUUAAAUUUGUGGUGAGGAAAUGUGAAUCACUAAUGUAAUUACUGAUUCUACCAGUAUUGAUACUAAAAGACUGGAGCUUUAAAUUCCAUUUAGCAUUUGUCUUAAUGAAUAUUCUGUUCAUUUUGUAAUUAAGCAAUAAGUUGAUUCUAAUGAAAGGAGAUGAUAUUUAGAGAUUAUGCAUAAACUUUGCUUAUGGGAUGGAACAUUAGAUUCUUGUACUUUGUUAAAGGAAAAUUUUCAAAGCAAGAGAUUAAAGUGUACAUCUUGCAAGUUUUUGGAUUUGAGUCUAGCCAGUCCCAUAUAAUGAGGAUAUUAUGGUUUUCCUUUAGAAAAUUAAUUACAGAAUCUCACUUAGGUUAAGUUUCAUGUCAUGUAAAUUCCUGUAUGUCAGAGACCUAUGGAGUUAUUGCAGGAAGUUUGUGAAAAAAAGCAAAAAAAAGGACAGCAGAUUAAAAGUGAGAUGCCACUGUUAUGUCCUACUAUGCUUGUCAUCACAGAAUAUUGAAAAAAAAGAGAUAUUGUCUCUGGUAUUUAAUGACAGCUCAAAAACUUGUAAUAGAGGACUUCAUUGCAUUACUUCUCUGUAAUCUCGAUGUAUUGAAGAAAGUUGUUUCUCAUUGUUGUUAUUUAGUAACUACAUCUUAAUUCUUGUGGAGUUACUGUAAAGUUACUGUUGUUGGUGACAUAAAUAUAUAUGAAGAUACCACUAUUUUUUGAUAAUGUUAUAACAUGAUUUGGUGAUAAAUGCUCGCACAGACCCUAAGAUUCUAAAACCUGUCAGCUUAUCAGAUAUUUUAUGGUGGUUCUUAAAGCUUUGCAGUAUUAAUGUCUGUCUUAGUGAGUAUAAGCAUGUUACUUUUUUAUGAACUACACCAAUGUUUUCAGGACUAUUAUUUUCUGUGUUACCAUAAUACAAGGAAUAGUCUUCUAUUCACAGUUUUCGCCUUUUUCUAUGUGUAAGGUGCCAGGUACAUAAUCUAUAAGGAUUAGACUUUUCACAUGUAAAGAAAUACCAUCUUAUGUUCUUCCUAUAAUUGGAAAAGUUUGUUUAAAUGUGAACUGGAGAAUGACUGGAUAGCCUUGUUGCUAGAUUAAGAGUGUACAGCGAAUCUCGGUUAUUUUUGUUGAUAGGGAGAUGUCGUGUACAAGCCUGUUUUCAGUCAGCAUAGCACAGACAUUUAUUGUAGAUUAAA